CCUCCUCCCCACAAUCCCUCUCUCCUCCCUCCCACGCACCCACGCCUCCUGCCCUUCACCCUUAGAGCGUGAGAGGAGGGAGAUGAGAAGCUGCAAUCUUUUCCGGUUUCGAUUGUGCAGCGACGGAUCGUUAUUUUUGCUUUCUCCCCACACUCACGUUGUCUUUUUUUGCCUUCUCUGUGGUGCUCCAUGCCUCUGGACUGACUGCUUCUCAAUGCCUAUGCUGCAGCUCAGAUGGGAGACGUAAGUGUAGUCUGGCACUUGAACAAGCACAGUAGGUCUCUCUGGCGGGCCAUCCCAGGCACGGGAUGCUGAACGGGAGCCGUGAGGGUUUGUUUGAACUGGGCAGGCAGCUUCAGCAAAAAGGAGACUCCCAAGCUGCUCUGCAUUGCUUCCUGAGCUCAUUGCUGGGGCUGACACAUGUGCAGAGCUUCCAAUCACUACCCAACUGCCUGCAUCAGAUUGCUGAACUGUACAUUGAUGUGAAGAAUUAUGGGAAAGCUCUGCAGUUCAUUCAGGCGGAGAAGAUGUUCUACGAAGUGGCAUUGAUCGAGCUCACCUCGCUGCAGGGAAGCACAGGGUCUCAGGAAGACAGGUCUCUGGGAACGUCAGGAUGUUUGUCCCAGGAGGAGUUAUCAGAACAGACUUCACAGGCCCAGGAUCUUGAGCGGCUGGCCCAGCUCUGCAUCAUGAGCAAAAGACCCCAUCUUGCAUUGGAGUACAGUGGCAAGGCCACAAAAAUCAACCAGCGGGCUUUUGGUAAUGAUCACCCCAUCACAGCCCGGAGUCUGGAGCUGCUUGCCACCGUAUAUGCUGAGAUCGGCAAAACAGAAUAUACUAAUUCAUUAGGUGAGUGUGUGUCGACUCUUUCGAAGAGGUUCUCUGCCACUGAAUCAUUUAGCGACGCUCUAAGUGGCAUUUCUCAAAGCCAUAAGGACAAACACUCCGAGCUGCGGCACAGAAAAGAAACAUACACACAACAUGAAACUCCUACAAACAAGAUCACAAGUGAAAAGCUGCCCACCUCUAUCCUGAAAAGGUCCAGUGUGAGCAAUGUAGAGUCAGCAUCACUGCGCAGGCGAAAAACUGAGAGGCGAGUUCGCUUCAAAGAGCCGGAGAUAACAGUUCACGUGUAUGACACGCCUCAGAACAAUUUGCAUCUGGCCCUGCUGACCUGCCUUUUCCUACUGCUGUCUGUGCUCGGUCUCGUUCUGUACUGCACAGACCGCCGAAGACCUCAGCGUUCCUGCGAGGAGCUGCAGACGGCGCUGGCUGUGUACCUGCUGCAAUUUAAGCAGAUAGUCUGGGCCUGCUGGAUAUGGCUGACCAUGCAAUAACUAUAACAAACCACAGGGGGCUGUCUGUGGCUAAGAGGAAACAUAAAAGGUGAGGAUGACAGAGAAAUGGAACAGAGAUUUUAAAAAAAGAUUUUUAUUACUAAGAAACAGCUUUAUUUUUAAUGUUAUAUUUAGACUGGGCACCAGUCAAUAUCUAUGUGGAUGUUUAACAUCCGAUUCUGUUGUUUUUAGUUGUUUAAAGGCCAUGAGCUUUUCAGCACCAUUAACCUGGUGUGCAUUUUUUGCCCUUUAUGGUGGCAUAGCUAAUGUCACAUCCUCAUUAUACCAAAAUAUAUAUAAAUGACCUCUGUAUGUAGUGCUUUAUCAUUGUAGCAAAUAUAGGCUGUUGGAAUGCAUUUCUUUGUCUCCAUCCAAAAAUACCUUUGCAGGAAUAUUAACGAAAACUUUAAUCACUUUCAGAAUUUGUAUAGAACCAUAAAAAUAGAGUACGAAUGAUUUCUGUCCACCAGAAUUGGAGCCCGAUACAUUGGUAGAAUAUCAUUGAAAGUUAAAUCAUCCUUAAAUAAUUCAGUGUAAAUGAAUGCAAGCCAUUAUUUUUUGUAUAUAAAGUGGAUGAUUUCAAUGGCACACUUUCUGUGUAUCAAACAGAAUAAGUGUAAGAAAGUAUGCAGGAAUAUGACAUGUGUUUGUACUGAUAUAAACAGCUCCCCCUAAAAAAGGGCUUUCUUGGGUUCCUUACAGACGCACUGAUGUAAGAUCCAAGUAAUGAUUUCAGGAACAAGUUAUAAAUUAUUUACUCGACAAGAAAAUUAUUUCCACACUAGCUUUAAAAUCAUUGUUUUAGAGCUACUAUAGCAUAAAAAAACGUUUAUGAGGAAAUUCAGUUAGGGAGGGAAUAAAAUGCUUAAGGCAGUGGUUCUCAAACUUUUCAACAUGCGCCCCCACCCCUUCUGUAGGAUGUAUCCAUUCACUCCCACCCUACAAAGAAAAUUCAUGACCUUAAACAAUUUAAACUUAGAAUUUGAAUUAAACAAAACAUAUUAAGUUAUAAAAUGUACUGCUGAUGGUUAGUAGCCUUAUUUUCUGAGGUAUAAUUAUGAGGAAUUAAUGUAUUUUAAACUUUAUAAAAUAUUUCAUAAAAAUUUCCUUUCCACUCCCAGUUUGAGAACCACUGGCACGUGUUUUAUUCAAGACCACACGUUUGGAUAUGUGCCCACAUUUGUUUACCCAAAUAUUUUGAUACACCUGUGAGGUGUUUUUGUUAUAUCAGCACUUUAUUAGACCCUAAAAUCACUCUACAGAAUGUGCACACUGUACACUUUUUUGUUUGUUUGUUUUUUAUAAUAUUUUGUUUAUUCUACUAUUUUGCAUUUAAUGCAUUUGCUGUAUAUACUGAUGUUGAAUGUCUCAGUGGAAUGCAAGACAAUAAUAUUUAUUUUACUAAUUAUAAGAUAUAGUAUUAGAGUACAAAUAUGCAUUUAAUGCACUUAUCAAACAUGUACUGUACAGAAUAUACAGAAGGACACUAAACAUUGUUAAUGAAUAUAUUUAAAUGUAUACUGUAUGUGAAAAGAGAGGAACUGGCACAAUGACUACACCUUUAACAUGUAUCUACACGAGUUUAAAUUAAGGGCAAAGCUGUUACUUUAAGCACAAAUGUUUCCAUCUUCUAAAGCAUCUCUGUAAGAGAUAGAAACUGUUUAAAGGAUGAGUUGGCCAUAUUUUGUGUCAUGCACUGCCAGAUUAACUGGCAAAAGAAUGAAUGCCAUUUAAAAUUGUUGACUGCUUUGUUACGCUCGCAAUAUUUGUUUCAAUUUUAGCAUUGUUGCAGAAAUCCAAUGAUGCAUUAUUUUGGUUUACUGUUUUUAUACAAAUUUUCUUUUCUAUAUUUAUUUGUACUACUCUUUCACACGUUUUAACUUUUAAUCUUCCUUUAUAUCUGCAGUUGUUGUCUCUAUUUUUCUAGUCUUUGUGCGAGCAUUUUCUAUGAAACUACAUCCAUACUCUAUGUCAAUCACAGAACUAUUGGUUACAUAUUCAUUCAUUCAUUCUAUACAAUAGUUGCAUGUAUUUAAACAGACUUAGAAUAACAAGAAAGGCUUUGAUUCUUAUCAAAUUAAAGUUUUCAAUGAUUUUUCAGAAUCACUAAACUGUGUCACAGCUCUUAAAUCUUUAUUGUGUUUGUCAUACAACUCAUAAAUAGCAUUUAAAAGGGAAGUGAUAAAGAGGAACUAUACCUUUGUUUCAGUGACUGACAUGACAGGGGUCUUGAAUGUUAACACAUACUGGUGUGAUGCUCACAUUCAUAUAAAAAUAGAAAAUUCAGCCAGUAGUAUAUUCUCAUUCUGGUAGACUCUAUAAGAAGGCAUUCAAAAACAUAAUUUUAAACAUUAAUCUUUGGAUAAGUGCACACUUUGAGUACAUUAACAAACCUGCUGUGACUUACAUUAAAUCACUGUGAGAUACUUGAGGAUUAAAAUCAGUAAAAUCGGUACAUGUUCGCAAAUGUCUUGUUAUACGGUCACCAUUUAACUGUUUUAAUUUUGUUGACUAUAUCUCGUUAACUGCUUCAGGGGAAUUCGGAUAAAAUACAGAAAUCAAUUAAAUAUUUUGUAUUAUUGUAAUAUGUUUUAUAUUAUAUUGUAAUAAUAUAAAAUCUCAAUGGUUUUAUUUGAAAUCUUCAAAGCAAUAAAAGCAACGCAAGAAGAAAACAUGUUACACUUUUUUGUUCAGCAAUGCAUAUUUCUAGGCAUUUAUUAAAUUCAUGAUCAAUAAAACACCAUUUUCUAUCA